AUGAACCUGCCACCCCAUCAACGCCGGCGCAUUCCGUAUAUGGCCAUUACUUUGGCACUCCAGCAUAAACAAACUCAGUACGAGCUCACGUCCGAACUUCUCUCUGAUUUAUUUGGUCGUGUGUUGAACCAAGCCCAAGUUCAGCAAGGCUUUCUGAUGGUUCUGAAUGAACUCGGUGAACUCAUCAUUGAUUUUCCGAAGGCACCUGAACACGUUGGACGCUUUAUUGCUCGUGCCAUGGCAGAUGACAUCCUGCCGCCAAAGUUCACUGAGUUCCAGAAAUCCGUUCUGUCCCAAGCUCCACUAGUCUUUGCUCAUGGUGAUGCAAAGACAUCCUCAGAAGGUGCCAGUUCAGGGCCUAGCAACACACCGCCUGCAACUGCAGCAUCCGUGGAUUCCCCACCUCAGUCACGGACAGCUGUACGUCCCGGAACUCGCAAUCUAAGUGACAGCAGCAAUGGCACUGCUGGUGCAGAGCCAGCUUCUUUCGGUACCACGGUUAGCAGUGGCAUUGGUUCAGCCUCCAGUCUCGUGGCGACUAGCACUACUAAUCCCGAGGUGGUUAUGAGCGCUUUGGUUCGAGCGGAGAAUUUGCUCACUCUGAGUCAUGCAUUUUCACGUCUGGACAAUAUUUGGGGAGUCCCCGUUGGACCAAAAGCGACUAAACUACUGAUAAAGAAAAUCCGUGGACUAUUAAAGGUCUAUCUUGAUUCGGACGAUGUGGAUGAAGCCACUGAGGCCCUUGUGGAGCUCGACUCACCCCAUUUCCAUCACGAGCUCGUGUUCCAGGCCAUCAUUAUGGCGAUUGAACUCAGUACUGACGACGCACGCAAUCGCAUAAUACGUUUGCUCAAAGAAUUGUGUGGUUCUGUUGUGAUAACUCCAAACCAACUGGCUCUGGGUGUGCGUCGCGUGUACGCCGAACUCCCAGAUUUACAGCUAGAUGUGCCAGCAGCCUAUGUUUUGAUGGAGCGUUUCUUGAAUGAGGCAAUUGCAGCAGGCUUUGUGUCAAAGAAAUUGGCUGCAGAAAUGCCAACGAAGUGA